AUGAAUCAGCUCAGGCCCGAGUCCCAGAGUGCCGAAAUCAGAAGUGCCAGCGUGCCAUACAGCGACGAGUAUAAACCAUUCGUACGAGUGCCAGAGUGCCAGUCCCACGAGCCGCCCUCCAUGAGUGUCACGACUCCCUACAACUGCGCCCGCCCUCCCGCCCCGGCCGCCGCCUCUUUCACCUUCGCCGUCGAACCAGCAGCACAUCUCUCACCACCAUGGUUCACCUUCACUGAUCACCACCACAGAUCACCACCAAGGGUCACCACCAAGGAUCACCACCAAGGAACACCACCACAGAUCACCACCAAGGAACACCACCACAGAUCACCACCAAGGGUCACCACCAAGGAACACCACCACGGAUCACCACCAAAAAAACACCACCAAGGGUCACGGAUCACCUUCAAAGAAUACCACCAAAGAACACCACGGAUCACUACCAUAGAACACCACGGAUCACCACCACGACAAUGCCCUCCACCACAGAGCAUCACAAUCACGGAGGGAAUCACCACCCUCGCUCAAGCAUAG